GAAUAGCCGUGUCGUAAAAUUUAAUCAUGGCGACUGCGUUGAAAGGACGCGGUGUCGCUUGUAUUAGGAAUGUAUCCGAGUUGUUCCACUCGAGGUUUCAGAUCCCAGGUGGAGCUUCGCAGCAGCUCUCUCAGCUCCACACGAGCGCUUCGCUGGACUCAAAGAAAUGGGAGAGAAAAAACCGUGUGGUUUUUCCUCCUCAGCUGCCUGACGAGCCCCGCAGACCAGCAGAGGUGCACCACUGCAGGAGGCAGAUCAAGUACAGCAAAGACAAGAUGUGGUAUUUGGCCAAAAUGAUCCGAGGCAUGAGCAUCGACGAAGCUAUCGCCCAGCUGCAAUUCAACGACAAGAAAGGAGCAAAGAUCAUGAAGGAGGUUCUGUGUGAAGCUCAGGAGAUGGCGGUGAAGAACCACAACGUGGAGUAUAAAUCCAACCUGUACGUAGCCAAGUCGUUCUCCAGCAAAGGGCAGUACCUGAAUAAGAUCCGGUACCAUGGUAAAGGCCAAUGCAGCUUGAUGGACAAAGUUUACUGCCAUUACUUCGUCAAGCUGGUGGAGGGCUCGCCGCCCACAACAGAGCAGAGGACGAGCCUGGACCAGGCCAAGGAGUUCGUCCAAAACCUGAAGAACCGGACCAUCAUCCACAGCCUGUAGACCGGACUCUGCCGCGUCCUCUCGUGUUUGUAAAUAAACCAAAGUCUGGGUUCA